CCGUAGCCCUUUGCCUGUGUCCAAAUGCUCCCGAAAAAUAGCAGAGGAUUGCUGGCUUUGCGCUUCUGUGGCUGAGAGAGUGGUUCGGCCGAGUCCUGGGGUUGGAUAUCGACGUUUCCGAGCGCGGGACGCAGGAGGAAGAUCAGGAAGACGGAGGAGGUGAAGAGAUGGUGACGAGGACAGUAGACCUGCGUUCCGACACGGUCACGAAGCCGACCGAGGCAAUGCGAGCCGCCAUGGCCAGCGCCGACGUGGACGACGACGUCCUGAGCGGAGACCCCACGGCGCAGCGGUUCGAGGAGGAGGUCGCGAGGAUUAUGGGGAAGGAAGCGGCGGUUUUCGUGCCCUCGGGCACCAUGGGCAACCUUAUCUCGGUUCUCGUCCAUUGCGAGGUCCGCGGCAGCGAGGUCAUCCUGGGGGACAACUCCCACAUACACAUCUACGAGAACGGAGGCAUCUCGUCCAUCGGAGGCGUGCACCCCAGGACGGUGAAGAACAAUCCUGAUGGCACCAUGGAUAUCGAUCGGAUCGAAGCAGCUAUUAGGCACCCCGACGGAGCGCUCUACUACCCGACCACCAGACUGAUUUGCCUGGAGAACACACAUGCAAAUUGUGGUGGAAGAUGCAUAUCUGCAGAAUACACAGAUAGGGUGGGGGAGCUGGCUCGGAAGCAUGGCCUGAAGCUUCAUAUUGAUGGAGCACGCAUUUUUAAUGCUUCUGCAGCUCUGGGUGUUCCUGUUCAUAGACUCGUACGAGCUGCUGAUUCUGUUUCGGUCUGCCUGUCAAAAGGUUUGGGUGCUCCAGUUGGAUCUGUCAUUGUCGGAACCAAGGAUUUCAUUACAAAGGCAAGACGUCUUAGGAAAACCUUGGGUGGUGGGAUGAGACAAAUUGGCGUCCUUUGUGCAGCAGCUUAUGUUGCUUUGCAGGAUAAUGUGGUAAAGCUAGAGGAUGAUCACAGAAAAGCUAAAAUCUUUGCAGAUGGGCUGAAAGAAAUCAAACAAUUAAGGGUGGAUUCAAGUUCAGUGGAGACCAACAUGGUCUUUUUCAAUAUAAACGAAAGUUCAAUGAUAUCACCUAUAAGUCUAUGUGAAGCUCUGGAAAAGUUUGGUGUACUUGCAAUGCCAGCUAGUUCAACCAGCGUCAGGGUAGUCAUCCAUUACCAGAUUUCGGAGAGCGAUGUCCAUUAUGCACUAACCUCUAUCAAGCAAGCUAUUCAAGAAAUACUAGCUGUUGGAACCACAAAAUGAGGACGGAGCAGUAAUUCAUCAUUUUACCUGUUCUUAAAUGAAAAGCAGCUGAAACUUGUAGCUCUGUCCAACGGCUGUCCUUUCUAUUGAAACAUCUUUGUGUGUUAAUUAUUGAAAAGGUAUUCUAUGACUGUGACCAAAGAAAUCUUGUGGUCUGAUUUUUGUGGAGUCUUCUAAUUUGAUGAAGGAUACAUAAUAUUGGUAAUGAUAUUUCAUCCAAAUUAAAA